ACGGCGUCUCUCCUCAGCCGGGCUCGCUUUCCUCCGUGUGCGUCGACAUGUGGGGCCGGGUAGGAAACAGGCACAGCAUCCGGAACGUUGCUUACAACGAAGCGCUAUGAGGUUAGUCGGCCGUUCUUCCUGCUUUAUACCCGACGCGGCAAGUUCUCGCCCUCUCUCACUCCCGCCCUCGAGAAUUAUCUGGCGGCCUGGUGCACAGAUCCACGGAGCCGGAUGCGGCCACUGGUUGCUUCCCCGCUUCUAGUUGCUGCUUCGUGAGGCGUUUCGCUCGACGAGGCCCGGCAUCGCUUGCCACUCGGGGAAUGGCAGUUGGGUGAGUUUGGGCAUGCACGGUCCUCUCGCUCCAGGAAGGGCUCCCCUGCCGUGUGCCGCGGAGGCCCUUGUUCCGGCAAUGCCAGCCAAAGAGUCACAGAUAUUAUUAUUAUUAUUAUUAUUAUUAUUAUUAACGAAGGAGAGACGCUUCGCCUUCUCAGAUAUGUGCCCUACUACUCUGCUGUGUGAAAUUCCGGUUGUGUGUGUUAUGGCAGGCCCGUAGGAGGCCUAAAUGUUCCGGUGGGGAACACCAAAAAAAGUAGAGAAGGCAGCUUAUCCCUAUCAACACAUUAUUGUUUUACUUGUAUUCAUUAAGGCUAUAUUAUAUUACUGUUACCAGCACAGGCCCUGCGGCAGCGGGGAGCCAGGUUGGAGGGGAACUAUUUAUGAGGCUGCCAGAGCACAUCCUUGCGCUGCCUUCCUCUCUAUUCUUCCCCUCUUCACCUUCUUUUUUUUUAAAAUAAUAUUUAUUAAUAAUUUCAGAAUUGCAGAAAAAAAUAAAAAACAACACUACAAUACAUAAAAAGAAGAAAAAACACAAAACAUAAAAACCAAUACAACAAUACAGCAAAAAAGAAAAUAAAAAAAUGAAAAAAGACACAAAUCCCAUAUUACAUAUCUUUAACUUCCAUUUGCUUGUUUCGUUGACCUCCUCACACCUCCCUUUUUGUAUUCUAGUUUAGUUAGUUAUUUCAGCAAAUUCUUUACAUCUUUCUCAAUUUUUAUUAGAUAAUAUAUCUUAACAAUUUAACCUAUUAAUUAACUCAACAGAUCCUUUCCAUCUUUCCCCAUAUUCUGUUAUUCAAAUUACCUUAAUUUAUUUAACCUUAUCUUACCAUAAAAUACCUUAAAGCUUAAAACUUAAUACUUAGUUAUACAUAACCCCUGAUAUCAUUUCUGCUAGAGUCAUAUAGUUUCAUUCCAACAUUUUCCCUAAUAUUCAUUAAUUUUAGGCUAAUUCCCUAAAUAAAAAUUUUUCUUUAUAAAUUUUCUUCCAAUCUUCAUCCAACGUCUCUUCUUCCUGGUCUCGGGUCGUGUCAGUCCUUACUGUCCAUUCUAUCUAGUCCAUCAACCUGGAAGUCUUAUGUCCGAGGCCCUUAAGUCUCUUCCAUGUCCCUUCUGCAGAUCUUCUUCUUCUUGUUUAUACUUGCACUUUUCCUUCAUCCAUCCUCUGGUUCCUUCCCAGCCCCAUCCCUUUGCUCUUCCUCAGCCUCUCUUAGCUCCAUUCACUUCUUGUUUUCUCCGGCUACUCCUUUUGAUAUGUUUUGUUUUUAUGUUGUAAACCACCCCGUGAUUUUCGAAUAAAGGAUGGUACAGUGGUGCCCCGCAAGGUGAAUGCCUCGCAAGACAAAAAACUCGCUAGACGAAAGGGUUUUGCGUUUUUUUGAGUCGUUCCGCAAGACGAAUUUCCCUAUGGGCUUGCUUCGCAAGACGAAACGUCUUGCGAGUUCUUGUGAGUUUGUUUCCUUUUUCUUAAAGCCGCUAAGCCGUUAAUAGCCGCUAAGCCGCUAAGCCGUUAAUAGCUGCUAAGCCGCUAAUAGCCGCUAAGCCGUUAAUAGCUGCUAAGCCGCUAAUAGCCGUGCUUCGCAAGACGAAAAAACCGCAAGACGAAGAGACUCAUGGAAUGGAUUAAUUUCGUCUUGCGAGGCACCACUGUAUAUAAAUUUAAGCAGGUCUGAAUAAUGAUGAUCUAUUUUCACUACUCAUUUUUCUACCGUUUCAUUCUUUCCACCUGUCUCCACCAUCUCACUUAUUUCCCCACUUAUUUCCAGCCACUGGCCCUUCCUUCCACUCUUUCUCACUGCCUACAAAUAAAACUAUAACAGUGCUUACUGUCUUUUCCCAUCUCCUUGAUAAAGAUUUAUUGACAUGAUUUUCACUUGUCUAAUCUCAUUACUUAACUUUGUAAGCAACUCUGUAAACUUUUUUAGACUGAUCAUUUUUCCAUCAGUUGUAUAGUAUGCAGAAUAAAAAGAUUCAUGCUCCAGAACAGUGGUGUUUGCUAAGGUUUAUGAAGCACUGUGUUUUGUUCACAGGUUAACAAAAAUUGUGGGUAGCAUCCUGCUACCCACAAUGGUAACCAGUUACAUAAUGAAGCUCACAAGCAGGUUUUAAGGCCAAUAAUGCUUUUCCGUUGUUUUUCUCCAUCAGCAUAUUUUGGUCUGCUUCUGAACCUGCAGAAGGAAAAUUAUCUGUCAGCUGAUUGCUACAUGCAACUUCCAGGUUCAGAGGCAGUGUGCCUCUGAAUAAGCUAAGUUUGUGAAGGCUAACAACAGUAAUGGUUUUUGGUCUCAAACCCUGCUUUGUCUAAUUACCUUUAACAGGGUGUGUAAACCAGUGGCCAACACCAUACAAUAUGCUAUGCGAAGAAGUCCUUUAUAACAGUUGCCCCAAACUGAGCUAAUUUAUUUUGUCUUGAUUAAGCAGUGUGAUCCUGUCUCUACUCAGAAGUAAGUUCCAUUAAUUACAAGUGGGUAUAGUUCUGCAGCCUUAAUUUCCUUGUUGCUUCCCGUCACUCUUGUUGAGAGUUGCCAUUUAGGUACUAGGACUAUGACAGAUGUGGAAAUCAAAUGUCUCUUCCCAUCUCUAUGCCACACCUGCUUGGUACCAGUCACAAAAUUUCAGUUGGAAAUAGGGAGAGCCAAAGUACUGUGAUUGUGAUUCUUUGUUUUUUCCCUGUUCUAUUUGUCCACAGCUAAGUUUGCUUUAAAAACUAGAGAGUUAAUAGGAUACCUGCUGCCUCACUGAUGUGACUGAGAGGACUGUGGCUCACUUGUCAGAAAGACUUGGAACACAAGGGAUAUGCUCAAGUUGGAGACAUUAACAACAGAAAAGGGCUUAAUAAAUCUCCCAGUCACUCUGAAGUCUCCUCACAUUUUGCUCAUCAAAUGACAUUGAACACACAUGCCUAUUAAUAAAUAGGCAGCUGCCCUGAGAUCUGUGUCCUUUUUGGCCUCCCCUGGGCAGAUUCAUGUAGGGAGAUAUGGUCCUUCAGAUAGCCUGGGCCCAAACUGUAUAUGGCUUUAUAGGUCAUAACCAGGACAUUGAAUUAUGUCCAGAAAUGGUCUGGUAGCCAGUGGAGCUGUUGUAACAAGGAGUUUCUGUUCUCUCUGUACCUGGCUCUGGUUAGCAGUCUGGCCACAGAAUCUUGGACCUGCUGAAGUUUCUGAACACUUUUCAGAAGUAGCCCUACGUAGCCCAUUAUUAACACCAGACACUUGUUUAUCACUGAAACACCUUCCUCAGAUUUAGAUGGAAAGGAGAGAUAGAGUUGGGUGUCAUCCACAUCUUGGUAGCACUGAACCCCCAAACUCCAGACAACCUCUCCCAGGGAGAGGACAGAACCCUGAGGGAUAUCAUAGACCAGCAGCCAUGGCAUUGAACAGGAGUCCCCCAGUGUCACCUUUUGGGCUUGUCUCUCCAAGAUGAACUGAAGCCACUGUAAAACAGUGCUGCCAAAUCCUAUCCCAGCAAGGUGGCCCAGAAAGAUACUUUGGUCAAUCGUAUCAAAAGUUGCUGAGAGCUCUAGCAAAACCAACCGGAACACUCCACCUUCCCAGCUCCUGUUAUUGUUCAUUCACCAAGGAAUCCAAAGACCUUCUGCCCUAUAACUAGGCCUGAAACCAGAUUGAAAUGGAUCUAAAUAAUCUGUCUCACCAGGAACUCCUAGAGCUGAGAAGCCUUUUUGCAACUAUUUACCAGAAUUCCAGGAAGGCACUGGUUGGACCAGAGUGAGGGACAAUACCUGGUUGAUUGGCUGGUAUUCUGUAUUUUGAGUUGGUGGGGUGUGGGAAAGACUGUAGUAAUUCUGGCAGUGGAGCCGAAAGAAACUGUGACUGCACACAAAUGCCAAAAAAAGCCAUCAGUGCUGUCAUGCCCCCACUCAACAUUGGCUGAAGGGGAUGAGAGGUAUAAACCUUCACUGAUAGACUAUAUUAGUCACAGAUUGAAUGACAUAUCCUUAUCAACUGUUUGCCCUUGUAUUUAGUUGGCAAAGGUGUAAUAGAGGUGGAAGAAAUUGGGCUGAGAGGUUGUUCACCUUCAGGUGUAUGUCUCCACCACCCACCAAAGCUUUGUACACAAUUGCAGGAAUGAUUUCCCUUACCUUACCCCUGGCUCCAGGCUUGGGUUGCCAUUCUGGGAAGCAGCACUAUAUAAGGGACAAGACUAUACCCCUUCAGGUCCUAGCCCCCACAAAAUUUUGGUUGCCAACAAAGGACAGCUGAAAUGUAUGGAGGGCUACCCGGAUUCCAUUUUGAUACAGGACAACGCGCAUGUUGUUCCCUUUCUUUUAAAAUUCUAUGUGUACAGUAAAAACUGGAGACAGUGCUACCAGUGCUUCUGUCCCAUCACUUGAUGUAUUAUCCCAGAGUGACACUAUACAAUGGAACCUCUGUUUUCAAACGUAAUCCAUUCCAGAAGACCAUUCAACUUCUGAAACGUUCGAAAACCGGAAACUGAAAGUGGAAGCCUCAGUACAACAGAAAAACUCAAAACGAAAGCUGCAUCGCACGUUCGGCUUCUGAAAAUCAUUCAAAAACCGAAGCAGUUACUUUCGGGUUUUCUCCAUUCGAAGGCAGAAACGUUUGUUGGAGACGUUCGAAAACUGAGGUUCCACUGUACUGCUAUUGAAUAAUAUCAUUAGGGUUUUUUGAGGUAGGGUAUUGAAGUCCAAAUAUAUUUUCCAAGCUCUUUGAAGGACCAGUUGCUUACCAAGCAUUUCUUACCCCGUCCUUCAAUGCACUUCAGGAAAAUGUGUUUUCCUUAACAGUUCAGAAAGCCCAUGUCAGGUUGAGGAAAUGACUUCUGCAAGGGCCAUGAAGUAUCUCCAUUGCUGCGAGAGUCAUGGAUAUUUAUUCCCCUGUCUUCCAGUUCCUUGGAUCGUUGUCUCCUUGGCCCUGGAUUUUCUCUGGUAUAUAGUUAAUGAGAAGCUGUCAUUAUCAUGUCAGCACAUUACAAAGGCUUUCUCUUUCUCUGCUGUUCAUUAAUGUAAUGAGCUGUUAGCCAUUGCCUGACACUGAUUGCAUUUUGUGCUUGUACUGAGGGGAGGCAUCAGGAUUUCCAUUAUCCUAGGCAUAGUAGAUUGGAAGAUGGUUCUGUUUGCUUUUCAGCAUUUUGUUCCUUUUUUUUUUUUUUUUUGGAAGGUGGGAAAGUUUGUUCAAGGCUGUAAUUCCAAGUGGUACUAGUCAACAAGUAAUGCUGCAAUCUCUUGCAUGCUUCCUAAGGAGUAAAUACCAUUGAAUUCAGUAGGAUUAGUAUUUGGUAAUAUACACCACCUAGAGUUCUUUUACCAGAAAAGUGUUUAAUGUCUAGGAUCCAAAGAGCUACUUUAGACACUUCUGUUGUUAGCCCUUUUAAAACUACUCCUCAUUUUCAAAGUCCUUUCAGGUUCAAAAUUAGAAGUUACUGUUCAAGAAACACAAUUCGAAAGACAAGUUCAAAACUAGAAAUUACUGUUCAAGAAACAAAAGUACAAAAUAGUGCAAGUUCUUCAAUCACAGCUAAUGCACUGUGAAAUAAAUAUUUAAAAAAGCCUUAUUUGUUAGUUAGUUUGUUUGUUUCAGUACUUCAUUACCGUUUUCCCCCCCAAAUAUAAAAAUCAGAUGUAGUGAACUUAAAUGCUGGAUUUUAAAAAGUUUAUUUUGUAUAUUACUUGUUAAGUGUUUUUUCCAGGCUCUGCAAUACUUCUACCGAUUAGUUUGGGAGUAUUGUCUUCAGUAAUAUGAGGAUUAUAAGUUUUUGAUGCAGUUCUUCACAAGGUUCGAAAUUGGCAGGGCACCAGGCACAUUUUGCACCUAAAGAUUCUCCAUUUGCAAGCACCUCAAAAGGUCUGGAUGCCCUUUUUUGCAUCUGGCUGACACUCAAGGAUUACUGAAAUAUAUGUGCUUUAAAGCCUCGAAGUAUAUGUUAAGGGUAGGCAAUAUGUUUAGGAGUUCAACAAUAAAGUGUUGAGUGUUUUGAAAACUGAAGUAUGGUACCAUUAUUUUUAUUGUGCACACCAAAUUAAACACAUAUUAACAAUUUCUGUUAAAAAUGUGAUAUUAACAAUGUGUCAUGUGAAUUGUGUAUUAGUUCAUGCCUAUCAAAAUAAUAAAUAAAAAGUGUUGCUGACCCCCUGUAAUGGUGACAAACAUUCUGUUUGGGUGCCCACAACCCAGGUCCCAGAAGCCAUUUAGCUCCUAGCUUUUGUAUCCCAGUUUCUAACACUGGUUCUUCAUCUAUUUACCCUGCUCUAGCUUAAUUAAUUUCAAUGGAAGUGCUCACAAAGCUAGUUAGAUAAAAUGAGAUGCCACAAUUCAAAUAAUUGUUCUUUUGAGAAAAUGUGAAUCUUGAUUUUCAUUACAUGCUUGCCCAGAGUCUUUGAUAGAUACAUAUAUAUCGGUGCUUAUUAGAAAGAAUUCUUGUGCUCCUUUAAGGCAAAAGCCGCAAUUUCCAUUUUAGCUCUGUAUUACCAGUCCUGAGUUCAAGGCCUCAGUUUUUUGCUUGCAGUUAUGCAUUAUAAAAAUAAUUUUUAAAACAUGAUUGCCUUCUAAUUUUUGUUCUUUUCAUUAAAACAGAUACUAGAAUGCAAUGACUUUUGAAGAGUUGCCAAACAAGGACUGGUAUAGCAUUCUGGGUGCAGAACCAUCGGACAGUUUGAUAGAACUGAAGAGGAAAUAUCAAAAGCUUAUAUUAUUGGUAAGUUUAUUUCAUGCCUCUUAAAAGACAAAAUAAAUAAAAAUAACAUUUGAUUGAUAAGUGUUGCAUAAACAGGGUCCAAUGUAGUAAGUGUUAGUUAUAUCAUGUGUGCAAGUAGUUUAUUAGAUAAAACUGAAACUGGUUUCUCUUCUUCCUUAAAUAACCCUGACACUUUGUAGCAUUUCCCAGCAUUCUGAAAAUAUAAAAGAAUCUGGUUUCUGGGGUUUUUUAUCAUGUGAAAUGAAAACGAGGCAAAAGAAUUCUCUUCAAACUUAUAAAUAAUUCUUUAUCUUAAUUAAAGAAAAUGCCUGACCUUCCCUUCUGAAUUGUGGCAGCAUGAAAUGAAUCAAUCAGUGUUUGUGACUUUACAAUUUGCUACCAUGGAAGCAAUUAUAAUGUCACUAGCACUAAACUGGCAUCACUGGAUAAACUGAGCAUAAGACACUGCCUGAAAAAAAGGCUUUUCCCCCUGUAAAAGUAUAUUCAGCAGCAAUAAUGGUAUUAAAAGACAAGUAUGUGAAGAUUUAUUAAGUUUGGAUGUAUGUUCCAUUUGUAGAAUGUCUUUGUUUGUGAGUUUCUGUAGUAUCUGUCCUGUAGUGUUUUUAAUAUAGACCCAAUGGUAUAUACUGUAAAGGUGUAUUAGAUGAAACUGAGUAUAGACGUGUUCUAUAUGUUGCUGCUACUAUAGUGUUCCCAUCAGUGUUCCUGAUGUAAAGGGAAAGAACUAUCAUAGCACGUGAGGGAUGAAGAGUACUGUGGUUUCUGUAUCCUAUCAGAUCCUGUCAUGUCUGCUGGUAUAAUUUGACAAUCCCUCACUGGUUUGAGGCUGUCUUCCCAUCUCAGAUUGCUUAUGGGUACUGGUGAGGAAGGAAAUGCUGUCACGGUAUAGUCUAUGAACCAGACAGGGUGGGUGGUGCAAUAAGUAGUUCCAAAAAAACUGUCAUACCUGUGAACUAGAAUGGUAAACCAAUUCUAUAAAUGCAUGCUGGACAUCCCAGAUACAAUUCUGUGCCAUAUUGUAGAGGACUCUCUCCUGAAGGUGUGGGAAUAUGAUUUGAGGUAGCCAAAAGCUUGGUCAUUCAGCAUAAUUUUAGAACACCAGACUUCACUUCACUUCCUCUUUCGUAGUCCUCAAGAGCCCUAUUAGGCAUUCUCUUCACAUGAUGAAACUGAAAGCAGGAACAUGCUAGGUAGCUCUGAGUGCUUUGCCACUGCUGCCACCACUGCCGCCCUGCAUGCAUUGGGAAGCUUGCCAUAGUCAUGGAGACUCUCCACAUGAUUUUAUAAUCAGGGCACUAAAUCCUGUCUGGAGCUUCCACAAGUACAGCAGGCUUCACUCUACAGAUAUCUGCCCUGGAGGGUAAUGAGGCAACACUGGAGGGGACAGAAGUACCGUGUUUUUCGCUCCAUAAGACACACUUUUUCCUCCUAAAAAGUAAGGGGAAAUGUCUGUGCGUCUUAUGGAGCGAAUGUGUGGUCCCUGGCCCAGCAUAGCUGGGGACUUUGGUUCCUGGAGUGGCGGGGGUGUGGCACGUCGUCCGUGCGAGCGUCCCCCGCCUGCGUGAGGGGGUGGGGAGAGGCGAGGCGGGGGAAGAGGGCUUUAGAACACUCUUUAGAUUUCCCUCCAUCAGAGGGACUCUGCGACUUGCAUGAGAGCAGCCAAGAGCCAGUGCAGACUUUCUCCCUUGCGCGCUCUGUCAAAUUGGGACGGGGAGCUCCUGCCAAGAAAUAUAUUUGCCUCUUACACCGAGGUUUAGCUGCCAGAUGCCCAUGUGUGUCUGAAGGCUCUGAGGGAGACGUUGCCCAGAAGCACAGUGGUACCUCGGGUUACAGACGCUUCAGGUUACAGACUCCACUAACCCAGAAAUAGUACCUCGGGUUAAGAACUUUGCUUCAGGAUGAGAACAGAAAUUGCAUGGCUACAGCGGGAGGCCCCAUUAGCUAAAGUGGUACCUCAGGUUAAUUGCAGUUUCGGGUUAAGAACGGACCUCCAGAAUGAAUUAAGUUCUUAACCCGAGGUACCACUGUAGAAGAAACGGGUCUUUUUAUCCCUUGGAUGUGCAAGCAAGGCUGCCAGGCAACACUUUUGGGUUUUGUUUGCAAGGCGAGGCGGCAAAUUUCACUUUUGCUCUGUUUUUGUUUUGCAUUUUUAUGUUGUGAUCUUCGGGUGGAGGACAGUAUACAAAUUAACAACAACAAUGCCUGAUCUAGACAAGCUCUCUCUCUCUCUCUCUCUCUCUCUCUCUCUCUCUCUCUCUCCAGCCCCCUCCCCAUGCGUCCUCUCUCCCGGGGAGUGGCUGUAGUUGCAGCAGUUGUUUGCUGUAGUUGUAUGCCAGGCCAGAGAGAGAGAGAGAGAGAGAGAGAGAGAGAGAGAGAGGUUCUACCGCCAGAGCCAAGUAACAUCUGAGCAAACAUUGCCCAGGGAGAUAGAUGUUGCGGCUGGAGGAUGAGGCUCAUUGAAAAGAGUGGCAGCGGCUGUUAGUACAGCCGCCAGGAAAGCCGAUGAGUUCAGUUUCGCUGCUGCUGCCUUUGGAGGCAGGCUGACUGAACUGCAGGCGCUAUCCCGUUGCCAAGGCUCCAGCGGGAGAAGGUGCAUCUUAUGGAGCGAAAAAUAUGGCACUUACCACAUCCUCACUCUCCACUUGCACAAUUCUAAUUGUGUGAGGAGGAGAAUACCUGUAUGGGACUAAUGUUAACAACAAACUUCAAUAAAUCUGUUCACCAUGCUCACCAGGAUGAGUGUGGUGUUAUCCAUUAGCCAGCUAUGAUUUAACUUAAUGUUUUAUCUCAUAAACACUCAUACUUAAACCUGCUUAUUGCCAAAGAUUUUUGUGGUGUUGACUGUCAUCCUUUAGGGAAAUGAUAUCUUGUAAAACACUUAAAACACUAUUUUGUCCCAUACUCGUGAUCACUUUCCUGAGUCCUGAGGAGUUUUCUGCUUUUGAAGCACCCUACUGUGGUACAUCUUGCUGGGUCUGGCUGUCCAUUUGUGACAUCUGAAAUCAGGGUUAUGUUGAUUUCAUUCUAUAGUUAGGGCACAGUUAUUUGCUGGUUCUGUCUUAAUUUUUUUCUUCAAGUUUCAUAAUCCUCUUACUUUAACAAGUGCAAUUAGUGUUUUGUAUGUGAAUUGGUGGGUCUAAUUUUAAAAACCCUCACUGAUUUAUUUAUUUAGUUAUUUACUUACUUACAUUUUCUGUAACUUCCUCUUUUAAGUGAACAUUUUGUUUGGGAUCUUCUAGCUUAAGAAAAUUCAUUACAAAUGAAUAUAUUUGUCAUACAUUCUUUUAAUUUAUUAGCUAGUUUUGAGAACGAAGAACCAAGAGGAAGGGACACAUAUUUAAUAUUAUCCUAACUCUCAUUCUUUAAUGUUGACCAUAGAUCAUUGGGCCUAAGUUACUAAUGUAUAGUCGCUGUUGGUUUAUCUAUCUACCAGCCAAACCUCCAAAAAAUUGUUCACACAUUUGCUUCAGCAAAAAAGAAAAUGUACAGGUGUUAGCAUAUGAAGAUUUUUACUGGUCACUGACUUAAGAAUAGAGACACACCAGGAUGAAAAGGUCUUUCUGUGUGCUAAACCACACUUCAAACCAUAUUUGUUGACCCUUUUGUUCUUUGAAACCUCCCUUCUACUUCCAAACAAGUGGCUUUUAAAACUUAAAUUGCCAUAAUGGCCAGUUCUGAAAUAACAAAGUUGGAGUACUUGAGUUUUCCUAAAACCAGGGUCUGUCUGACAGCAGGAUUGUUGUUCAAGUUGAUAGCCUGUCUGUUUGAAAGUAAUAGACAGGGAGAACUUAGGGGUGUUACGGUCACAUGUACAUGCAUCUUAGCACAGCUGGUAGAUCUAAAAUUAAGCCUGCCAGCUUUGGCAGUGGUUAGUGCCCAUUGUGAUUGGGUUAAAUUGUGUGAUUUAUUUUCUUAAACUGAUGGUACAGAUUAUAUAAUACAUUCUAAAGUAAUGAACAAAUUUACUUGAGUGUAUUCUAAAAGUGAAUGAUAGAUGCCAAUUAUAGGGGAUAAUAUUUGAAAGAUUCAAAGCUUUAAUAUCUACCACAUUUAAAAUGCAGUUCACUCUUUUGAUAAUAACUUAGUUCAGUUAUGUGCCUUCUAGCAGACUUCUAACCAAAGAUAGAAUAUAAAAUUCAUGAAAGAAACUGUGCAUGUUUCUUCCUCUUUCCCUAUUUGCCUUCUGUGUGACUAAGGCUGCAGUCCUAUUCACUUACCUAUGUAUAAGUCUUAUUGAAUUCAGCAGGGCUUGCGUAUGAAUAGACCUACUGUAUUUUUCCAUGUAUAAGACAAGCUUUUUUGACCCAAAAAUGAGGUUCAAAAUUUAGGGUCGUCUUAUACAUGGGUAGUGCUGAGGGGGGACGGGCGAAUGUUUUUUUGGCGCAAGCUUGAGAUUGUAAGCGGCGAUUGGCUGCUUGAUUGUUGGGGAGGGAUGCAAAAAAUCGCUCACACUGGAACGCAGCACACAACCGCUCACAUUGCAGAAACCACCUGUUAGCUGCCGGAUCACUGCCAACGUCCACCAAUCACUCUCCUGCUUGCUGUGACAAGGGCAGCUAUCUAUUGGCUGCUGCAGCAGCAAUUGGGAGGACUAAUAGUAGCGAACAGCCAGCUGAUAGGUGGUUUCUGAAACUCAAGUGGUUGUGUGCUGCGUUCUGGCGGGUGAGCAAUUUUUGGCAUUCCCCCCAAAUAAUCCCCCCCAAAGCUCAAUCCCCCCAUUUUCUAAAUUUUGAGGCCCCCAAAAUAGGGUGCGUUUUAUACAUGGGGGCGUCUUAUAGAUGGAAAAGUACGGUACCUAGGAUUACACUGUCAAAUAUAAAGGACUGAGACUUAUUAAGUUCUGCUCUGUGAUGACUUUCCUCUAAUUUUCACCUGUGAUUCUAUAUGCAGUAUGAUUUUAAAAAAGAACAACUUUUAAGGUCAAGUUAAUGAGAAUAUUCAGGUACUGACAUUGCUGAACUUCAGGCCCCUAAUAAAGUCUUUCUGUCUUUCUUUCAUGAUGACUUGUCAUUGUUCUGUUCUCUCUAUGAUGUAUUAUUAUGUACACCACCAAGAAAUACUGAUGAUUAAGUGGCAUAUAAAUAUCUUAAAUAAGAGUUGUACAGGUUCCAAGAAGUUCAGGCAACAUCUUUACCUGGGAAGUGAAGUUGCUUCUCACCUCUUAACAUAGGAUUUUAAGCCCUGCCUUCUGACAUAGAAGCACAAGAGUUAACUCUUUCUGGCUACCCUCUCUACACUCAGACAUAACGAAUGGAAAGUUGUUCUUAGGUCUAAUUUUCCUUUUUUCAUCUUCUUCUUUAAUAGCUUAAAAUUUGCAAUUUAUUAACUGCAGCUCAGCCCUGAUAUUGAUGGACCUUUUCACCUGUGCCAUGGACAAAAAUGUUGUCUAAGACCGCUUCUUUAUAUCUUUGUAAGUGAAGGACUUACAUUUGCAUUUGAAAAGAGACUUUCCUCAAAGGCCAUUGGUAUUCUGAGAGUUUGUUUACAUCAAAAUGUGUAUGUGUAUUGACUGAGGAAUGUGUGUGCAUUAUCUGUCUAACAAAACUAAUUUUUCUGAAGUAGUAGCAUAGUUAGCUUUGUGUUCAACAGAGAAUUCUUUUUAUUGCAAAAACACACUGCAGAAUUUCAUGACUGACUUUUUUUUUUUCAGGGUUGCUAGCUGUCUCCACUUUUUAUCAUCAUAACUUCAUGAUUUUAAUUAAUAGUUAAUCAUUGAAAAGUUUCCAAUUUUCACCACCAUUUUGAGGGCUUCUUCCAUUUUACAUUUAAUGAUUUUUCCCCAGUUUCAUGGAAUAAGAAAUGUUUUAUUAUAAAUGUGUUCAGUAUGUAUCAUGGAGCCAAAGUGGGAUCUCCACUGGAUCUUUUGAGCGUGCAGGAGGGACAUUGCGUGCUUUUAAAUGGUCAGUGAUCACCCAUAAAAAUGUUUGUGUGCAAGCCAUACAUCUCCAAAUAUUACACUUUUCAUUAAUUAGGUAAUGUUCUAUGAAAUGCAUGAGUGCAGACAUGCUUUGUCUUAUGCAGCAGUGCUCCCCAAGACCGUGCUGGGGCUGGAGGAGAGCCUCCUACCCCAGUGGCACAGUGGAGAUGCUGGACCUUCCUAUCUACUGGCUGGUCUGCUUGUGUGUGGUGAGUGCAUUGGGCACAACAACUUUGGCCAGGUCUAGCACUGCUAUAUGGCCCUUGGAAAGGUGCCAAACCCUCCAGGUAGAAAAAAGUUAGCCACCUGUGACUUAGAGACUUUUAAAGUAUUUGUGGGAAGGAAACUAUGUUUCAUUUUAUAUGGGGAUAUGUUGGGCUGUACUGAGAAUAGUAGGUCAGCAGAUCUCAGUAGUUCAGCUUAAUAGGACAGUUGUGAAUCAUUUCUGUAGCACUGUUAACAUUUUGUUAUUGGUUUAUAGAACUACUUACGCUCAUAUUAGCCUUGUGAGAUAGGAUAUUUUGCAUUUGGACUGAGGAGAGAGAAGAAGGUUUACUGAAAUUGCUACUUUGGGGGAAAGACACCCCCUCAGUGUUUACACUUCCCCACCCCCAGAUUAUUUUAAGAGAGAGAGAUGCAGCAAUCCCAGAAUACAAAGCUAUUAUUUCCAUUUUACAGAAGGAUACGGUAAUUUAUGCUAAGCUCAAGGCCACCUAGUAAGUUCAGGGUAAAUGUGGACUUGAACUUUAGAGCUGGGGAACCGAAGUCCAGCAAAUGAUUACUAGCAAAAAAUCUCUCUCUCUCUCUCUCUCUCUCUCUCUCUCUCAUUCUCUUGUUUUUAUCCUCAGUUCUUUCCUUUUUGACCUCGUUUUGAUCAUAAUGUGGAAUUGCUUUAAUGCUGCACAACAUCAAAUAUUUUAUUGUUGUUGACAUGUCAGAGCAUUUCGUUAUAGGGAGGCAUAUAUGUUUGCUAGUGUGUUUAUAGCCACCCUUCAUCAUAACAUAUUUUAAGGCAGGAUAGAAUGCCAAAAAAUCAACUAAAAUGAUCACAAAUAACGAUAAGAGCAGGUAAAAGACACAAUUAAAGCCCAGAGAUUUAAAAUAUGUUUUUAAGGCACAGUGCAGGCUAACAAGUUCCAGAUAAUAAGCCAUAGGAGUAGUCCCCAACUACAUACUCACUCUUUCAGGGGAAGUGCAACCCAGUCACAAACUAUGUCUUCCCAAUUUCCAGGUCUGAGAACCUCCAAUCCAUAGAACUUUCCCCACUGAAAAUCAACACACACCCCACUACAAUUUGUCCCCUUUUUUUAAAAAAAAAAAGUCAUAUUUAAAACUUGAGGUAAAACUUGAGCUUAAAAGAGUAAAGCUGAUGUUUUAAGUGAGGAAAACCCCUCCCCUGCAAAGUGGUCUCCAUUGGGUCUGGAUUCCAUCCUUCAUGGAUGUUUCGCAGUCCCUCACUGCAAGAAGUAAAGUAACAGGGAACCAGGCAGAGGGCCUUCUCAGCAGUGGCGCCCUCCCUGUGGAAUGCCCUCCCAUCAGAUGUCUAUGAAUUAAAGAACCAUGCAACUUUUAGAAGGCAUCUGAAGGCAGCCCUGUGUCAGGAAAUUUUUAAUGUUUGACAUUUUAUUAUUAUUUAUAUUUUUCUGGAAGCCACCCGGAGUAGCUGGGGAAACCCAGCCAGAUGGGUGGGGUAUAAAUAAUAAAAUUGUUGUUGUUUGUUUGUUUGUUGUUGUUGUUGUUGUUGUUACUGUUAUUAUUUUCUAAACACACCAGGCAGGGCACGCACCCUCAAUGUAGUUUGUACCACUAUCAAUAUGAGGGAUAGAUUGAAGAUAAGGAUCUGACCAUUAUCUGGUUAAGUUUGAACUGAUGAUGGCAAUUCCCCCCCUGUAAGUGUUGUGGGCCCGUUUAGAUGGUCCACCCUCAGAGACUGAUGAAUUUGUAGUGUCCUUGAAAUAUCUGAGAGAUUUUCCAGUGGGAAAGUCAGCAAUGCUGUUAAUUGUACCUACUAUGUGUACAGCUGCACUGAAGCCCAAACUGAGGUUUUAUGUCUAGAGGUAUAUGUGUAUUUAAAUGAGUUCAGAACCUCACUGAGGCAGUAGUCAUAACUUGUAGGUUGGUGAUGUGAACUCAGAGAGAUCAGAUUUAAAAACUGAGUCCAUAAGAAGACUAAAAGGUCAUUUUGUGAUCAUUAGAACAUGCUUAGAUGAACCUGGCAGUUUGGUUGUGUUUUUUAACCCUCUCUAAGCACCUCUUCAUACAUUGAGAAAUUAGUUAGUUUUUUCCAUAUAACACCUAUCUGUAAAAAUAGCAACUGUACCACUGUGUAUCCACAGAGCGUUUUCUCAUGAUAUGCACAUGUUUGCUAAUUUUCUGUGUAUUUUUUAUUGUUGCUGCAAUUGAAAUGCUUUGCUUUUGUUCAUCUGCAGAGUUUGUGGUCCCUACUUCCUAGCUUGUAUAUUUGAAAGAAUGUAUGUUUAUGCUUGUCUAAGGGAAACAUCUGGGUGGGAGAAAUUAUAAAUCUGAAAGCAUUAAUUAAAAAGAUGAUAACCAAAUGAAAUAAAUAGGUCCACUGGUAUUGCUCUGUUUUAUAAAUAGUGUGGAGAAAACUCAGUGCCUUUGGAAGUAUUAUUUGAGCAUGCAUUAGGUGGCAGUAGUGUGUUGUAUUUGAUGAGAACUCUUUGUCCCUGGUUUGGUUUUGUUUUUACUUUAUGUCCUAAUGCAGUGUAAAAAUGGAUGAAACAUUAUGUCUCAAUUAUUUAUAAUGUUCUAAUUGUUCAUAAUAUAUGCCUUAUAUCUUUAAAAUAUGUGAUUUUGAAAUUUAUAAAAAAAAUUGUGACAGUGUUAAUAAUGACUUUUAAAUAAUAAUUUAGUGCACAUUGCUGUACUUGCAGUUUGAAUGGACAUAAGGGUGAGUGAAAAUAAUGCUGUUUUAAACAUACUUUAAAGGAUUGCCCUGAGAAAUGUGUAGAUAUGAUUCUCUCCCUUGAGUCCAAAUGCAAAAUUUCCAGAUGUAUGUGUAAACUCUUUUUAUUAAACAACUAGAGAAGGUGAUUGUGUCCUGCUAAUUAGAAGUGUGUCACACUUAGGGUUAAUUUAUUUUACAAUUAGUCAAAGCUAACUAAUAUUGCAUGCAGUCUUUGUUUCUCCCUCCUUUUUCCUUUUUACUCCUUUUCCUUUCUCCUUUAGACUAUUUUUAAAUAUCUAAUCGAGUGUUUUGACACUAUUUUAUUCUUUUCAGCUAUAUCCAUGCUCCUAAUAUUGUAUACUAGUUAUGUUCUUUUAGUUAGUUAGAUAAGAGGGGUAUGAUUUAGUCUCAAGGAGAUGUUUAUAGAGACUAGGUAGAUGUAAUUAACCUUUCAGCAAAAUGUUUUUAACGUUGACGUCAAAUCUUGAACAGGGACAGUUAACUUGUGACCUUUUGGGGUAUUCUUUUGCUUCUGCGUGUCUCACAGGUAAAGGAGCUAAGGGAAUUCAAAGCUGGUACAGCAAUGUCAUUAAUUUGGCAGAAUGAUCAAUUAAUAGAAGAAAAGCAUGAAAGCGUUGACAGAACAUGCUACCUAAUUAGUACCUGAUGAACCAUGUAGGCCACAGAGCAAAGAGUGCACUGUUGCUUCAGGCUAGCUGUUGUACAAGACCUUUUAUGUGCAAGUCAUUAAGUCUGUAUAGUAGCUAAAGAAAAACACUUCAAAUGGAUUUUGCUUGGCUGAGGAACUGGUCUUGUGAAGUGUUGAGAAGCCCCCACUGAUUUUGCUGGGAACUGGCUAGUUGGUGCUUUACCUCGUUCUCAGACCUGUAAUAUUGAGCCUCUCCAACUUUAUAAGCACAAAUGCUUGCUUGCUUGCUCUGCCUCAGGUUAACGGGGUGUACUAAAGGAUAUGUUUGCACCCUGCACUAUGAUUUACAACUCAAUCCUUACCGUGCCUAUUCAGAAGUAAGUCCUGUUGGAUUCAAUAGGGCUUACUCCCAGGCAAGUCAGUUUACAAUUGCAACCUGAAUCUUAUUUUAAAGCACAUUAUGCCACUAGCAACGGGAACACCAUAACAAAGGGGGCGGGGGUUCAUCUUUUUAAUUUAUACUUGUGAAGCAUGACAUAAGAACAUGUCUUUGGAUCGUGACCCCUCCACCUCCAUCACUCAUCCCUGUCACUGUGCAUAUAACAGUUAUUUGCGUCAUUUGCUGUUCUGGUUUUGUUUAAUCUAGGUUUUAAUUUUUAGUCACCAGCCAAUUGUAGGUUCCUCCCUCCUGUAAGUUAGAGAUUUAUGUAUUUCAGUGUUUUUCUUGUCAGUCACUGAGGUUUCCUCCAAAAGGUGGAAUAAAAAUACAUUUUUUCCCUCAAAAAUGUUCCUUGAGCUCCACUCUCAGAAUGGAAGGGGAGACUUAUUUAUUUAUUUAUUUAUUUAUUUAUUUAUUUAUUUAUUUAUUUAUUGCUGAUUUCCUCUUCCUGCCUGCAGACUCCAGAAUAUCUGCUCUGGAAAAUUGGAGAGUCUCCAAAACAGUGGGAAGGGCAGAGGAGGAAGAGGGGGAUUGGCCAAAAUCCCUUGCCCUUCUUUGUACAGGAGAUUCCAUGAGUAGAAGAUAAUAAUUUAAAUAAUUUUAUUAUUUGCAUCCCACCCAUCUGACUGGGUUGCCCCAGCCACUCUCAGCGGCUUCUCUGGAUGCAGCCCUGAAAUUCACAGAAAGGCAACUCUGGAUCUAAGCCAUUUUAAAUAUAUAAGCCAAGGUAUCAGUGCAGCCUUGCUAGAAACUUCCUGAUGUAAGAACAGCAUUUGUGCUAAUUAAAACUGUUUUAUAUAGUACAGUACUCCCCUAAAGAAUCCAUAAAUUUAUUUAGCUUUAAACAUGGAUUCCUUGAUGGCAACUGUGUCCAGGAGUGCCUUGCCCAUUUGGGGCUUCAAGUGUCUAUUUCUGAUGAUAUCAGACCUUACAGUGGUCACAUGCAUCUAGAUUGGAUUACUACUGUGCACUCUACUUGAGCUUAGUUUUGAAAUUCUUCUGAAAUUUUUGUUGUUCCAGAUAGUAGCAGCAACUUAUAGGAUUACAUUACUAUCCAGCAUCACCCACACUAGUUACCAGCUUGUUUCCUGUCAUUAUACAAACUGUUGGUUCUUUCCUUUGUAAAACCUUAAAUGACUUGGACCUGGCAGACCGUCUUGUACAUAUUAAGAUCUGGUAAGGAAGUCCUUCUCUGUGUCUCACCUAUGGUGGAAGUAAGAUUGAUCGGGGUUGGCAAUGGUGCAGUAGAUCCAGCCUUGACUCUUUGCAGCAGAAGGGCUCCUUCAGUUCAUGGAGUGAACCAGAAUCCAGGAGAAGUACUGGUACUUCGCUGGAGGAAGAUGGCCAGGAUUGUUACUUUCACCAAUUCUUCUUACCUACAACCACCGCCCACACCUACAACCACCACCCACACUGUUUAGGAGAUUCCGUCAGCCCUUUGCAGUAGCUUUUCAAGAGAUCACAGGAGAUGACAGAGAGGCAGAAAAAUUAGUGAAAAUUGCUCCACUGCCAGUGGAACUUAGGGCCUUCCCAGUGUUAUGGAAUGUCUCGCCCCAUGAAGUUCAGAUGUCUGUAUCUUUGAUUGCCAUUUGCUGGCUUGUGAAAUUACUAUUAUUAUUAUUAUUAUUAUUAUUAUUGCUGCUGCUGCUGCUAUUUCUGUUGGCUUCUCAUUUGACUAACUGAGUUGGUUUUUCAGGCUUUGUCCCCCUCCCUCUGGUGACUUCUCUCACAAAUUGGAAGAACUAUUUCACAGCAGAUCUAUGUGCUGUAUGCUUUAUCUUGUAUUGAAGAUACAGUAGGUAUCUUAAAUAAUUAGCCACAUUGUGGAGUGCAUGAUAUAUGAAAUGCAGCUAUGAAUAUUGGCUACAAAAAGGGAAGUAUUUGGGUGAAUGUAGGCCCCUUAUACUUAAAUCAUAUUAAUUUCCUCCAUUUGUAACCGGAUAUUGAUGUUUUCCACACUUUAGUUUUUAAUACUAUGCUGCAAAAUAGCUUCAGCUACAUUAAAGGAGAGUUGUAGUAAUUUUUUAAAAUGUAUUUUUAUUAAAGAUUUUCUUGGUUGACAAAGUAUGAGCAAUGUCUCUCUCUUUUUUCUCCCAAGUAACAUUUUUACAGAUCAGUUUCAUUUGUUGAGACAUUAGUCAUUCAAAGGGAUGUUUGCACACUAACUGUGCAUGUCCUUUCUGCUUUUCAGCAACUCCUCCUCCCCCAGCCUUCCUCAAAUCCUUCCAAAUCUUCUUGCACAAAGAUUGAGCUUGUGAGCAUGUGCUAGAUCAUGGUUAGUAGGAAAGUUCAAAACUUACUACCACUGAAAAUGUGAGUAUGGCUAAAAAAAUAUAGUGUCACUUAAUUUGAAACUUCAUUUCCCUUAAAAACUAAUAAACUAGGAAUAACGUCACCCAAACUAAGCCAUCAUGAUACAGCACUGUGGGAAUUAAAAACUUGAAAUGUAACAGUAAAACAUUUUGUGGAUCUAAUGCUUUAUUAUCUGAAGUUUAUAGAACUUUUACACAGUCAAAUAGUAGGAAUAUUACUAUAUUUGAACUGAGUCAUAUAGUUUCAGUAUUGCUGAGUUGCCGGGGUGGGGGCUGUCUGUAUGCCUGAUCCCCUUUCUAAUUCCUGGAUCCAGCAUGGAUUCAGUUCCUGGAAAAGCCAGGAUAGCUUCUUGGUGACUUAAGGGCCCUCUAAGUAUGGGCCAGUAAGGUAACAAAGUGACUCUAUGCCAGACAGAAUAUGGGUGGGCAGCUUCCUGCAACUCUCGCUGGUAGUUAGAAAGGCAAAGAUUGUUGUGUGUGAGUUGUGUGUGUGAGCUAGAAGCAAGAAGUGGCAGACUGCAGGCUGGGCAGCUGCAAGAGACAGAGCCAUGCCUGAUUUUCUUUUGUAUCCAAGGCUGUGGCUAUGGGAGAACCAAGAUCCUCUUGGGGUGUUAAUGCUGUGAGCCCCUCCAUCGUAUGCUCAUGUUGUAUAUAUGUGUGAAUAAACCAUAUAUCCUAAAGACACCACAGUCUCUGCUGUCCCUCAUUCUGAGGAAACCGAACCCUGUGGGUGUGCCUGGACCUCCUAGAAUCUCGCACCGCUCAGAGAUUGGGGUGGGUGCAACAGUAAACAUAUUUUAUCUGGGAAUAAGCCCCACCGAACAUACAUGGUCUUACUUCUGAGCAGGUAAUCAGCCCUUCAUACUCAUUUUAAAUCCUCAGCCACUGUGAACAAUUAAUUUUAAGAGGCAACUAUAAUUCCAAGUAACUACAGUUGUACCUCGGAAGUUGAAUGGAAUCCAUUCCAGAAGUCCAUUCGACUUCCAAAAGGUUUGGAAACCAAGGCACGGCUUCCAAUUGGCUGCAGGAAGCUCCUGCAGCCAAUUGGAAGCCACAGAAGCAGCAUCGGACGUUUGGGUUCCAAAGAACAUUCGCAAACCGGAACACUCCCAGGUUUGUGGCGUUCGGGAGCCAAAACGUUUGACUCACAAGGUGUUCGUCAACCAAGGUAUGACUGUGCAGGCAUCCUUUGUUGACAGAAAGAGUUGCUUUCCCACAUUAUAUCAUAAUCUUAGCAAAUCCGCUCUGUUGUGGCACUCUUGAGUAUUCAAGUUUGUUGUUUCUGUCCACAUCUCUGUAAUGGUAAAUGUACAGAUAAGAUGUUUUUUCUGCAGUAACAGUAUGUAAUUGAAUCCCCUGGCUUAAUAAUGCUAAGUAGUGUAAAACUGCCUGCCUUACUUUUCCCCACUUUGCUUUCAUUAUUUUAAUUCCAAUAAAUAUAAAUUGUGGGACUUAAGCAUUUUGAUGCACAAGCUGCUGUGAACACCACAAUAGUAUGCUGUAGUCUUGAAUGCUGGUUUAGACUUUCCCACACAUGCACACAGCCUCCAAGUACAAAACAAAAGAACAUCCCCCAUUGAUAUUUUUACAUCGGAGCUCAGAGGAAGAAGAAACUGUAGAGGAGUUAGUAUUAUAAUUAUGGUCCAUCACCUGCUAUCCUUGAGAUGUUGGUCUUUUAAUUUUGUCGUUUAACUGAAUCUUGCCUUGGGAUUCUUCAGUCAGAAAAGCAGUAUAAAAAUAAACGUGCUAUGAAUCUACACUAUGUUAGAGAUCUGCAUGAAAAAGUUAUUUUCAGACUGUAUGAGGUGCUUGUAGCACUGUGGAAAACAGGUAAAUCAGGUACACCCACCUCAUGGUGUAGCAUGGAGAAAUCAUUAUUUCAUUUAUUUUUAUUUUAAACAUAUUUCACCCUUCAGCAUCACUACUUCAAGAGUGGCUAUGACAUAAAAAAACAUAUCACAGAUCAGACUACUAGACUAAUAACAUUUAAAUAUCAAAUGAAAGCAAUAAGGCAAGAAGAAUCAUUGCAGCCAAAUAAAACACAAAAUAUCAGCUGGAAUUUUAAGAAACUAGGAAAAUAAAUAUGUAUUUGUCCAGUACCAAAAAGGCAGGCAAUUAGGUACAGGUGAACUAACCUAGAUAGAGUCUUCUAAAGAGGGGUGCCAUGGAAAGCAAGCAAUUUUGCCAGUGGCCAUCUGUCUGACCUCCAAAGUGUGGGCACCUGUACAAGGGCCUCCAAAAGUAAUUUUACUGUGUGGAUGGGUUCAUGUGGGGGAAGGGACUUGUUCAGGUCAUCCAAAUUACCCAUGCAUUACCCAUUAGAUCUAAAGGACCCUAGUGUCUCCAAGUUAAAGAAAAAAGAAUGCUCUAACAUAUGCCCUUAGGCCAAGUAAUAAUUGUGUUUAAGUAGACAGAUUAACAAGGAUUUGAUCCUGGAUUUCUCAGGCCCACACCCCAAGCUUUUUAACAGCAAGGUGCCAGUUGAAGUAAGGCAUAUGCUUGCUUUCCUAGAAUACAUUUUCCUUAGGCUUUUCUUACACUUGGGAUUUUUGAAGCCAAUAUUUGGAUCCCAAUUGUGCUAACAUAUUUUCAGAAAAAUCAAUGUUACUUAUGCAAGCAAUUCAUCCUGUACCCCACCCCACCCCUGGCAGCAGACAGGAAUUGGGAAUAGAUUUAGAAUGCUGAGUCUAAAUACACCUACUUUAACAUUGCUGAAGAAUAUUUAAUUCACUCCUGUGCUGAGCACCUUUUUCAAGUUCAGGAUCUUAGUCUCAACAGAGCCUUUGUGGUUCCACUGUACUUUGAAACAGGAAGUUCCUAGUGGAAGUUGCUAUUUACGCAUGAAGGAAAGAACCUGCACUGUGGGCAGUGGCUUGGCUCUAGAAGGCCCUCCCUGCAAAUGUACAACUGGCACUAAGACAUUGUUUUUUGCCCAGACACUUAAAAAUGUGGCAUUCUUUCGUCCUGCUAGUUAGCUUUUAUCAAACCUUUCAGUUCAUUAUUUCUUAUGACUUUUGUAAUAUUUAUUAUUGUGUGUGAAUUAAUGCUAAUUGUACACCUUCCUGGAAUCCUUGGAUGAACAGUGAUUUAGAAAUAUUUUAAAUAAAUUCAAAAUAAUACAGCUGGCUUUUUUUAUAUAAUAUAUACAAAUUAUAUCUGCUGACUUACUGUGGUGCCUGGUUGGCUAGUGUUGGACUAGUGUCCCUUUGCUCCAUUCUAGUUCGGGGGAUGGGGGGUUUCAAAGCAUUUUUGCUUUAUUUUUGGAAGUGUGUUGGAUGGGGGAGCGCACAAUGCAAGGGCAAGGCCCAGGAAAAGCUGCUGUUCUCAGGCUCCUAAUAUCUUUCCCACCAACUAUCGUAGGGUUGGGAUUCUAUGCUCCAAGGGUGGUUGUUGUUGUUUAGUCGUUUAGCCGUGUCUGACUCUUCGUGACCCUAUGGACCAUAGCUGUCAACGUUUCCCUUUUUUUAAGGGAAAUUCCCUUAUUCUGAACAGGAUUCCUUGCAAGAAAAGGGAAAAGUUGACAGCUGUGCUAUGGACCAGAGCACACCAGGGACUCCUGUCAUCCACUGCCUCCCGCAGCUUGGUCAAACUCAUGUAUACUCCAAGGGUAGGGAAUCUUAUUCUGCCUGAGUUAGUCCUCCCCUACCCAGCUGUGACCCCACCUCUUCCCAAAUCACUCCACCACCCCACCCCAAAGCAGCAAGUGGACUUUGGAAAAGUUUGGUACCAUUGGCACCAGUGUAAGUUUUUUAGUCAUGAAAUGGCUGUGUGGGGUGGUUUUCAAGGGCAAUUGCACAAGGAUGAGAGGGCUAACCCUUCCUUCCUUAGUUGCUGCCCUCCCCCAAAAUUGCCCUUCACAGCAAUUAAAAAACUACAGUUGGCCUCAAGGACCCUUUUUUAAAAGCCCAAUUGCUGUGCAGGGGUUGGGAGAGAGAGACUGUGGGCUAGAGGUUUCCCUCCCCUGUACUUGCCUUGUAAGCCUCAUUGGGGCUUCCUGCUGACUAGAUAUGGAAAAGUUGCACUGUAAGGCAAUAGCAUGUUAAAAGGGAAAUCUAAAUUGGAUUGUCUCAGAAAUGUGUGUAUAUCAUGGAAAAAAGGGGAUGCUGUUGCACAGCAGCAGCAUGCCUAAGUGCUGUAUGUUCUGAUAGCAAUGCUAUUUAUGUAGAAGUGCAAACAUAGCUGCGUAAUACAAGUUAUCCAGAACAGGAAAGUUAUCCUAUCAUUUUGUUUUCUUCCCAAACCCAAGAGAAUUUGCUAAGAUUAAUCAUAUGGAGUGACACCCAAAACCCGCUCUAGAGAGUUAAGGGACCCUUUGGAAGAGAUUUGGAGUGUGCACAGCGGGGUUAUAGGAAGAGGAAGUCCAGUUCUGCAACUGGGCAGACAUCAUUGGAUUCCACCCAUAAUAAUGAGACAAAUUUAAUAACUAGUAUUAUAAGACUAUUUUGUCCUAUACAUUAUUGUUUUGUGGCCUGUUUUGUGGCCUAUAAAUACAUACAGUAUUUAUAGCUUUGAUUUCAGGCAGCUUGCGUCUAUUAAUUUCAAAGGUAUUUACUGAAGAAAGAUACUGCACUCUCUUUUUUUCUUUUUUGACAGACAAGACUCAUUUUCAUGGUAUUUUUGAGUAAUUCUUUUAAAUAUUAAUGACUUGCUUUUCACUCCUCAGAAAACAACACACCAAUCUAACCCCAGUUAUACUUAGUAAUAUUUUUAAAGAUGAUUAAUGAAAGGUGGUUGAAGGUUACAGUUUCAUAUGUGAAUUUCAUUCUAUAUUCAAUUUGCAACCAUGUUUUCUGAUUCAGCAAGUGCACGAAAGCCUGUUUGUACGCUAAGAUGUAAGACUAGGAUCUCCUGAGCUGGAUCAGGGUAGUGAAAAAAGACAAAGCAUUAUAGAAAUUUGAAGUACUUAACAUUUUUUUUCAUGGUUUGUGCCAUUACAUUAAAGGAGACCAAGUCACACAUCCAAGCAGGAUGCUUUUCUACUUCCAGAGAACCCGUUCGCUGUAGGUUAUGACAUAGAAUGACUAUGGAGACAAAUCUCCACCUCAGAUAUGUCUAUAGUUCCAGUUGCAUCUUUUGCAAUAACGGGCCACAUUUCACAUUGAGACUUUGCCGCACGAUCCCUCCUUUAGGUGGGAUCACAUAUAAAAAGAGAUGGCCAGUUUGCAUCUGUGAACAGAUGUUGUCCUCCAAGUCUAGGGAAAGAUGUUGGAAGAAUUGGGGACAGAAAAGGAACUUUCUGUUGAAAGACAAACUUGGAAAUCUCUGCCCAUAUUCCUAGUAGCUACUGAAAAGUACUUGCCAAAUGGUGUGAAGAAGACUAGUUGGUCAUUAUAAUCUAAGACUGUGCACACAAUCCACACACACACAAAAUAAUAAUCAUGCCAAGCUAUGUUUUUCUCCUUUAUACAUUACAAAAUCUAAACCCAUGUAUGACUUUUUCAUUUGGAAUGGUGCUUGCUCAGAAUUUUAUACCGUUAUCUUACAUUGUGGAGAUGUUUCGAGUUAAGUUAACGGUAUGAUAUAUGUUUUUAAAAAGAAUAAGUGAGAGAAUUGUGACAAAUGGCAUUAGAAUUUUAUGAUGUUUGGGGAGGUGGUUUCUUUUGGUGAUACCUAUACAAAUACUAGAAAUUCAGAUCAUUUCUUAUAUAUUUACCAAAAUCUAAUUAAUUUUACAAUCCUGUGUUCAGCAAAACUAAUGCAGAAAUUACGAUAUCAUUUUGCCCUUACACAUGUUACCUUUUAGCCCUGUCCCCAAACAUUAUUUCAAAACUGAAAACAGCACAAAAUGUUGUAUCCAGUGACCCAUGACUUUAGAAAUUUGGAAAGGCUUUUUAUUCACUGGGUUGGAAUAAAUUAAAGAUGGUGAAUGAUAGAUUAAAAAUAGAAUUACAUUUAUGGUAAAUUUAUAUCCUGUUUUGUAUCUUCUGUUGACUGUUUCAAUGCCAAAACCUAAAUAUUAAAAAAGUAACCACAGAAAAAUUAUAUGUUAUUUACAUUAGGCUAAAAAAAAUAAUGUUAAAUCUAAAUAGUCUUCCCCUUACUCCUAUUUUUUAUUUUUAUUUGCGUAUACCUAUUUCUGUUUGCAUUAGUCAUUCUCUCUAGGUAAAUUGUCCAUAAGACCAAUGAUUCCAUCAGCAAAUUAUCCAGAAAAUGCUGUCAGUGCACAUUGUGACAUUUGUGCCACUGGUGUAUUUGCUGCUAUUCCAGUGGUCUAAUUAACCUGGCAGCAAUCUCUUGUGGCCAAUGCUGCUUCCUUUGUUUGUUUUCCUUGGCACCAUAGUUCAGACCUAUACAUCCUCCAUACACUUAAAAUAGAUCUCAUAUUUACUAUUGAUUUCCCCCUUCCAUCCCCCCUCCCCUUCCCCUUUCCUUCUUUUGAUUGGCAGUAUCAUCCAGACAAACAGAGCGCAGAUGUGCCAGCAGGAGAAGUGGAGGCGCGCAUGCAGAGGUUCAUCGAAAUUGAUCGAGCGUGGAAAAUUCUAGGGAAUGAAGAGACAAAAAAAGAGUAUGACCUGCAGCGGCGUGGUAGGUUCCUGCCAAGGAGUGCUGUAGUAGCAGCAGCAGCAGCUUUUGAGAGCAGAAGCCGGAGUGGUAGCUCAGUAGUAUUUUUUCAAAAUGCUUUUUGUUUGACCGAAACACUUCAUUUGCUCUUACCCACUUCCAUAUUUAGAUACAUUAUUUAUACUGAUUACUCCAUCUCCAUUAAGCAGUAAAAACAUUAAAUUACUUUUGACAAAGCAUUAGGUGGUAGCUGUUAUACUAAUUCUAAUGAAUGUAGAACUUGGAUGAUAAUAAUGACUUAGUUUAGCCAUUUCUCAUUUGACAGUAUUUAAAGCAGUUUCGUUAAAUGUUCUUAAUUACUUAAGUUAUGCCCUUUGCUACAUUCUGUUGCUGCAUUUUAGAUACAGGUUUUGAGUAAUCUGUGUCAAAGGUAUACUGCCGCAUAUUUAUAAAAACUUCACAGUCAUUAAAGUGUAUCCUUUCUACCAGUCUUUAGGAAUCGAGCAUAUUUCAGAAUAUUUGUCAUAAUGCAUCCCUGGUAUAAACGUCUAAGGAAGCAAGUUAUAUUCCAGUUAAAUGCAUUAACCAGGCAGUUCCAGCACGCGCGCACACACACAUAUAUAUGUACAUCUUGGGGAAAAUAGCAUCUUAAAACAGUGACAGGCUGUUGUGAGAAAGAAAGGGGGAAAUGUAGGUCAGGUCUGUCACACAUGGGCUACCAUUACAUGAAGUGAUAGGCUGUCUUUCUGCUCUGGCCUCAGGAUAGGAGUCCCUCAGCCUUCCAUUAGAACCUUCAAUAAAUGUAUAUCCACCCUACAUGUUAAUGGGGGGAGUCAAUAAUAGUGUAUUGCCUGUGGGGAAAACACUCAGUCGCACUCUGCGGUAACACACUCUGGUCCAGCAUUGACGUGUAGCUACCACCACUUUUCAGUGUGUCUGAUAAAAGCUCACUGUCUCUGCAGCAUGUUAUUGAAUUCCCUUCCAUUGUACGCUGGCACACCAUCAAACCUUUCUCUCUCUUGCUGUUUUAAGUUCCCUGCUGUUAAGGUUGCCACAAUUUUAUUUGAGAAACAAAAGCUUAGUCAGCGUGGCUGGCAGAUACACAUAAUCAACGGAAUAAUAUACAGCGUAUCCAAGCUUAUUUUUUUAAUCAUGAAUUAUUUGGUGUCUAUAGUUCUCUCUUUUUUCAAAAUGUGCUAUUUGGGGUGUUAGAUGUUAAACUGAAAUGAGCAAAAUUAUUUUUGAACUAGUUUUUUUUUGCUUGUAGCUUAAUAGAAAGAGCAGCUGGUUUUGCCAAGAGAGAGAGGGAGAGAGACUAACUUGGAGCUGGGGUUAAGAAAUUUCCCUUGUGUAAAAAUUGGCAGAAAUGUAUUUGUUUAUGCUCUGUCCAUUUUGUAGUUAGACUUUGAGAUAUACACUCUAGCAUAGAAGUCAGUCCAGUCAAUUAAGCUUUAUGUCCUUACAAGUAAUGCACAGAAAAUGACAGUUAAUGCGUAUUUUAAUUUUUGAGGUUGUGAAGCUUUUUCAGAUUUGCUUUUUUUAAUGUUUCGUGCUGUUACCCAUUCAGAUAAGCAAAACGUGUGGAAUUUGCUGUGAUUGAAAUCUACAGGCAUUGAUUCUGUGCAACCUUUGUUUUUCUAGUGGAGGCUUGAAGGGACUUGGAAAAGAGAGAUUGGGCAGUUGCAGUGGCUGUGUAACUUCCGUUGCAAUCGGUGGAGUGUCAGCAAGGAUUCAUAUAAUACACAACUUUUGGUUUUAACUAAAGUUGAUGUGUUGUUGCAGUAUACCAAAACAAUUUUAUUGAAAGGAAUUGAUUUAAAGGAAAGCAACCUAUUUUAAAUCCCUUUAAAUCCAUUGGGAUCUAUUGGGCAUUUAUGGUCCUGUUCUUCCAAAACAAUACUUGCUACUGUUAAAGUGAUUACUGAAAAUGGGAAGCUUAUUGACAAAUCUGCCUGAUAGUGCCAUAGUUGAGAACAACUGCCCAAAUUAGGAGUGGGUGGAUGACUUAGGGUGCAGCAGUGGGCACUGCUAUAAGAGAGACUAGCUUUCUCAAACAGCAUUAUGGUGAGUUCUGCCAGGUUUGACAAGCCUCAGGCUUUCUCUCAGAGUUGGAGAGGUUGGAUGAGAAUUGCCCCCACAGCAGCACUUCAGAGGCACUCACAAUGGGGAAGAGCUGGAACUCCACAAUAAAACACGCUUUCUGUGCAAAAAUUUCAAUUCCCAUCAUAUCUCAAGGAAGGUCUGGGCAAAAAAAUUGUGUUGAAAACCUGGAGAUCCAUUGCUAGUCAGUCUACCAAUAUUUAUAGAACAGCUUCCCAUGUUUGAGAUUAUCACUACUCCCUCCUUAGCUCCUCAGUUGGUAGGAAGUCUGGGAUUGGAUUUGUCUCUGUGCUUCUGGCACAGUGCCUGAAAGCCAUUUGCUCACCCCCACCCUCCCUUCAGCUUGAAGCUAGCAGGCAGAAUUGGGACUGCACUUGCAAUUGUGCUGGGUUUUGGAAGCCUUUGGAAGAUUCUGGGAAGGAUUCCACACAUCGCUCUUUGUUUCCAAGAUGGGGAAGAUGAGAGGAUUUCCAGACUUCUUAUUUUUCUAAUAGAAAAGCACUGGUUGUUGAGGGGGUUGGGUGAACAGUGGGUAAAGGAGAACUUUGAGCUAACAGAGAGGAUGGGGUUGGCAAGCGGGGAGUUGUACGCUGAGAUGGAGGUAUUGAAGGGCUGGGGUUGAAGGAGUUGUUGAGGGAUGAGAGGGUAGAAGGGGGUGGGGGAUUAAAGAAGCUGUGAGGGGUUGGGCAGGGUGUAAGUGGAGGGCGUUGGGGAGUUGGUGAGGGUGGCAGGUAGGGAGGGAUGUUGAGCAGGGGCGACAGCCCCUAAUAUUUACACACAAUAACAAAGAUCUCAACCUGUUUUAUUAUUAUGAUAAUUUAAAAAUGACAACCAAAUGCUCAAGAAUAUUAACUCUGAUUGCAGUGUUAUAACACAACCAUUCCUAAACAAGCCCCUCUGAAUUGUGAUAGAAUCGUGAACUGAGAAUUGGCCAUUUUAUUUGUUUGUUUGUUUAAAUUAUUUUUAUUGUCUACUACAAUUUCAUUAUAAAAACCAAAGCAGUUUACACCUAUUAUAUACACACAAUAAAACCAUAUAAAGUUUUAAAAUUGCAAAUCAUCAGUUGACUAUAUAUAACUGAAUAUAAUCUAAUAUAAAUUAUUGUGAGGAAAAGUCCGAAGAAGAACAUAAAAAUGAAUUUAUUCUGAUCUUCCGGUCUAAAUGGUGUGAUUUUGCAGUGCUGUGAAAUAUAUGUAUUGAUCAAACAGCAUCUCAUGAAUCUUUCUCAGGUGCUAGAAUAAGAAAGUAAAUCUGAAGCUGCUCAAUUUUUAUUAUUAUUUCUAGAGCUGACUUAAGGGAAGGGUUCUUGCCAUUAGGACUUAUAAGCUCCCCCUGCCCUACCAGGACAGUUUAGUGGGUUUCAGGCAAGGUUCAGCCUGAAUGGUAGCAGUGUAUUCGUGGCCCUACAGUGUUCAUAAACAUGUAUAUCAUACUCAAACUAUAUAUUAGCACAACAUCAACAAAUUACAGCAAGCAUCUACCCCCCUCUUCCUCUUCUUGUAUGGCUUUUAGUUUUGCUUAACAGGGGCUGUUCUUCCUUCCCCCUGCCCCACCUUCUGGAGCAAGGCUUUGGGGAGGGAAAAGACCCCUGACUGAAACCCUGGAGAACCAACUGCUGUCAGUCAGUGUAGACAAUACUGAGCUAGACUUUCUGGCAAAGUGUUACUGAAGUGUGCUUCUAAUAGUUAUGUAAUGCUGUUUAAAAGAUUCCCAGCAUCCCUUUAAUUGUCUUGAAUUUUCGGCUUGUAAGACAUGCAAUGAAGAACCUCCGGUCCAUGGGCCAACUUUGGUCUGCAACAGGUACAGGUUGACUUGUGAGGCCCUUUUCCUUCAUGUCCAUCAUCUGACAGACAUAAGGGUGGGGUUAAAUCCUGUGUUGGCUAUGUGUACCUGUCCCCAGCUACGAACAGAAGUGUGCAUCCCAAGUGAGCAGAGUUCAACCUUGCUCAUCUACUGAUGAAUAGGACUUAAAUUGUGCUCAGGUCAGCAGGAUUCCAUGCAAACCUGAUUAUACCAGAGUCUCCUGCUAAAAUGGAGUCCAUCCAUCCCCCAUAAUUUUAGCACUCAACCCUGAUAAAACACAGGGGGGCUUCCCUUUUAGCAGCGUCUGAUGCGCCCUCCUCACUGAAUCAGUAAAGAACUGCAUAUCCACUCACUAUGUAGUAUUACUUAAAAUUCAGAGAGACAUCUAAGGACACACAAUAUAAAAUCAAUAUUUAUUUAGAAAUAGAAAUUUUUAGAUACAGUGGUACCUUGGGUUAAGAACUUAAUUCGUUCUGGAGGUCCGUUCUUAACCUGAAACAUUCUUAACCUGAAGCACCACUUUAGCUAAUGGGGCCUCCUGCUGCCACCGCACUGCCGCACGAUUUCUGUUCUCACCCUGAAGCAAAGUUCUUAACCUGAGGUACUAUUUCUGGGUUAGUGGAGUCUGUAACCUGAAGCACCUGUAACCCGAGGUACCACUGUAUAACCCAUUGUACAGAUUACCAAUUUACUACACAGCUUCACCAGUGCCAUCCAAGUGGUAACAUGCAUAUGGUGAACCCUUGGUAAAUGUUCAUAUGGAUCCACUUUUUACAUUCUGUGGAUUUCCAUAGCUUUGUUCUUGUUCUCCAACUUCUCCUGCAAAGAGAAGGCAGAAAGGACAUAUGGGAGGUUCUCAAAGGUCUCUCAUCCAUUGUAACAGCCUGGCAUACUGAGUCCUCAAGCACACAGAUUUGAGUUGUGUUGGAGAUAGAACAAGGCUUUGCUAUGGUCUAUGAGUGAUAGACUUCAAAUUUCCUGGAAUAUACAGUGGUUGGUUCAGUUGUGAUACAUUAUUGCCCAAAUUCCAUAAGUGACAUUAAAAUAAAUCUAAGUCUUAUUACAUAUAUAUUGGCAAAGAACAACAGAGUGUGUAAUCCAUGGAAUUAGAUAGAAAAGAUAGAAGGAACUGAAGAUGGAAAACUCUUAUUAGUAUUUUUGACUGGUUCCAUCUACUGUAGCAUUUCUUCUAGUGAUUUGGAGCAUCAGCAUAAUUGCCAAGAUGGAUUAAGUUGAUAAGAGAAGAUAAAGCUUCCUCCCCCCUCAUUCUCAUUUAUUACUAUUUCAGUCUUAGAUGUAAGUGGGUUAACUUUGUUUUAAUAUAUAUCUCUUUAAUGUACUGGAGGUGUUCAGAAUAGGUUAGGUCAAAGAGGUUUUAUUGAUCCAGUAAUUAUAUCUAACUUGUCUGAUUUGUUUUAAUUGCCUUCAUUAAGAUUAAUUUAGAUGAAACUCAUUCCCUGGAGAUCUAUAGUGUAGAUUUCAGGUAAAAUUAGAAUCACAAUUUAAUGUUGCAAAAAGGAGGCAGAGACCACAGGCCAACUUGAUACUGGAUAAUCGGCCGCUAAUUAAUGAAUUGCAUGGGGGGGGGGGAAUCAUGCUUUAAUAUUAAAGUGCUAAUUAGAUUUUUUCACCAAUACAUGAGGGCAGUUAAAAUAAGUGUUUAAUUUCACUACCAAUACAUUAUUCAUAGUUAACUACUAUGGUAGCAGACUGGUUGCACCAAAAUGAGGAACAUCAGGAUAACCUUUGUUCUAAAACAGUUUGUAACAAAUGCAUGCAUACUACUCCUGACAGAAUGUGGACCACAAUUGCCAAGUUACAGUAUGAGUCCCUACGUUUUUGCAGUUUAGCAUGGUACUAUCAAAUUCAGAUUACUAGUUGAGAGCUGCUUUCUUCACAGAUUGGCAUUCAUUUUAGGUUUGACUUAGCUCCUUUCCAGUAUUCUCUGUAACCAGUAAUCUGAGAUGAUAAACUGGGUAUCGUGAAUUAGUAUUCAUUUGCUCAUAGAACAUUGUAUACCAAAGCACAACUGUGAUCAAAAUAUUAUAUAGCACCAAUGUGAUUUUAAGUAUCUAUAUUAACUCUAAAUCAAGGGUGGGUAGCAUCCCUUCCAUGGGUCAAAUGAGGUCCUCCAGGUCUUUCUAUCAUCCUAGGCCAUGCCCCUCACCAUCCUUGAUCUGUACCCUCAUUGAGUGCCUUUGCUUACCUGGAAUAUGUCAAUGAACUGAGAUACUGCCUCUUGCUUGCUUGAACGGAUAGCUGUGUGUGCAGAAAUCUGACUUGCAUGGCAGGGAUUUAGCUUACUGUACAUGGAAAGUAGCCACAUGUGUUGCAUUAGCCACUUUUGGCUUUGGCCCUGGCCACCACUACCAUACAGCCCCAAGACUGACUAUGAGAGAUUGUGACCAUUGGACUGGUGCAAAUUCCCCAUUUUUAAAAAAAGUGUUGGGGAAAAUAAGGAACUCUAGUAUUCCAAAGUAUGCAUAGCUGUGACCAUGCACAGAACUAGCUGUAUAGUGGUAUCCUAAGCAAGGCAAAUGGAACAAACUGUUCCGUUAUUUUGUUUCUUUCCAAGUUUACAUCAUUUUGCUAGAGUGUAGUUCAGGCAAAGGCAAACUCUGCCCUCCAGAUGUUUUGGGACUACAAUUCCCACCAUCCCUGACCACUGGUCCUGUUAGCUAGGGAUGUUGGGAGUUGUAGUCCCAAAACAUCUGGAGGGCAGAGUUUGCCUAUGCCCGGUGUACUUGAUCCAGUAGGGGCUGAAGCUGUUAACUGAUAAAUCUGAUAAAUCGCUUACCACCCUGUUACACUGUGUCUACUAUAUGACAUCAGACCUAGCUGUUACUAUUUUCUCCUAGCUUUGUUUAUUAAUCUGUAAAGGGUAAAGGCAAAAAGCUUGGAGAGAAUAGAUCAAUAUACAGUGGUACCUCGGGUUACAGAUGCUUCAGGUUACAACUCCACUAACCCAGAAAUAGUACCUCGGGUUAAGAACUUUGCUUCAGGAUGAGAACAGAAAUCGGAUGGCGGCGGCAGCAGGGAGCCCCAUUAGCUAAAGUGGUACCUCAGGUUAAGAACAGUUUCAGGUUAAGAACGGACCUCCAGAACAAAUUAAGUUCUUAACCCAAGGUACCACUGUAUACAGAAGUUGUAUAUGAUCAGAAAUAUACCUACUACUUAAGACACGUGGGGAUAUGGACAAACAUGACAGGUGAACUAUGGUUCAUACUUCUGAAAGAAGCCCAUUCUUCAUUAGUCUUGAGGCAGCAAUUUUUAAAUAGUAGGGAGUUGCAGCUAAAAGUGUGCCAAUCUUGGAUACUGCCACAUGUAUAUACCGUAUUUUUCGCUCCAUAAGACACACUUUUUUCCUCCUAAAAAGUAAGGGGAAAUGUCUGUGCGUCUUAUGGAGCAAAGCCAGCAAGAGCCGCUGCCACUGACACGCUCUGCGCAGCUCUGCCUUUAAAGCAAGAGCCGCGCAGAGCGUGGCUGCGGCUCUUGCUGGCUUUACAGCGAGGUGGGAGGAGCAAAGGGAGAGCCACUUACACGGCUCCUGCCCCAGCAUCUCCUCCUCUUUUUGCUCUGAUUCUGGUGAGGCAAGGCAGCUGCCCGCCACAGGCAUGCACAGAUGUGAGCUCUCCCUCUCCCUUCCUGCCUUCCUUCCUUCCCUCCCUCCCUCUUCCAACUUGAAUAAAAUAUUGGGGGGGCAGGUAAGCCCCACCUCACAUACCGCAAUUCAGCCUUUCUCAACCUGUGGGUCCCCAGAUGUUGUUGAACUACAACUCCCAUCGCCCCUAGGUAGCAAGGCCAGAGCUCAGGGAAGAUAGGAGUCAAGGGAUGAUGGGAGUUGUAGUCCAACAACAUCUGGGGACCCGCAGGUUGAGAACUGCGAUCUCAAGACAAAGUGCAUGCACACUAUAUGAAUGGCAAUGCCCAUCAACAUGGGGGGGGACGACUCCCUCAAAUAUUAAAUGGGGGGGAGUGAAGGCACCUAGGCCUCUAGGAGUUGGCUGCUAUACCUAGGACAACUCAAGAAAGCAAAAUGAUGCAUAUGCUAUAAUAUCAGUAAAAUUUUAGGGUUAUACCGGGUUGUUGUUUUUUACAGACUGUAGGUUGGCUAUGUUUACUAUGAUGCCAUUCUUUAAAGGUAUGGUCAGCGCUCAGUGGUAAACAUUGGAGAUACCAUACAUUACUGACAGUUCCUUCAUCACUGUAUUUUCUUGCAGAAAACCUCCCCCAUUCUGAUAAGGAUGAUAAAGCAGAAAAGACUGGCGUAUAAGAUUCCCUUUAAACUAGAGGUAGUAAAAUAUGCUAAGGAACAUGGAAACAGAGCAGCGGAGAGACAUUUUGGGCCACCACCAACUGAAAAAAUGAUAAGAGAUUGGAGGAAACAGGAGGAUCAGCUGCAAAAAGCAGAUAAAAGCAAGCACACUUUUCGUGGAAAUGCUGCAAAGUGGCCACAGUUGGAUGUGGCCAUGAAAGAAUGGAUCACAAAUCACCGGAAUAAUGGCUUCACAGUCUCUACAAAAAUGAUAAUAUAUGAAGCCAAACGCAUUGCUGUAGAGAAAGGCAUUCACGAUUUUACUGGAUCACCAUCAUGGUGCUACAGAUUUAUGAGGCGAUGUGGCCUUGCUAUGCGCACCAAAACUAGAAUUGCACAAAAAAUGCCAAAAGAAUAUGAAUCUAAGAUUCUGUCUUUUCAUAAAUUUGUAAUUGAUGCUAGGAAGAGAAAUGGGUUUGAAAUUGGCCAGAUUGGGAAUAUGGAUAAAGUCCCGCUAACCUUUGAUGUGCCAUCUUAUAGGACUGUUGAUCUGAAAGGUGCCCAGACUAUCACCAUGAAAACCUCCAGACAUGAGAAAACCCAUUACACGGUUGUGUUGUCUUGCUGUGCAGAUGGCACCAAAUUGCCACCCAUGUUAAUUUUCAAAAGGAAAACAUUUCCAAAAGAAGUGAUUCCAAGUGGAAUUGUUGUACAUGUUCAUGAGAAAGGAUGGAUGGACGAAAAUGGAAUGAGAGUAUGGGUUGAACAAGUGUGGUCCAAACGUCCUGGAGGGCUUUUGAAAAAACCUGCCUUAUUAGUUCUUGACCAGUUUAGAGCACAUAUUAGCGAAACUACAAAAAAGUGCUUUAAAGAAGUGAAGACUCAUCUAGCUGUAAUUCCUGGAGGUCUUACCAGCCAGUUGCAACCUCUCGACGUUUCCAUCAACAAGCCAUUUAAGGUCUUUAUGCAAGAAGAGUGGAACAAAUGGAUGGCUGCUGGUAAUCAUGAUCUGACACCUACUGGACAAAUGAGGAGGCCCACUAUCACACAAGUUUGUGAAUGGGUGAAAACAUCAUGGCACUCGGUGAAGGAGGAAAUUGUUGUCCGGUCAUUCAAAAAAUGUGGCAUUAGCAAUGCUUUGGAUGGAAAUGAAGAUGGUAUUUUAUAUGAAGAUAGCGAAGAAAGUGAUUUCUGUGAUUGUGAGCAACUGAGCUUCAUAAAUUCUGACUCUAGCACUGAUGAAUUAUUGGAGUUUACAGAAGACUAGAAGAGUGCUCGAACCUUAGUCUCUCUUCAUUUGUUAAUGACAGUGAUGGUGGUUCUUAAUGCCACUGUUGACUGCUGUUCACUUUACAUGGUUAUAAUAUGAUUCUGAUAUACGGUUGUUUAUUAAAUAGUUUAGUACAACAUUUGAUUCAGAAUAUUUUUUUUGUUUUCCUCCUCUAAAAACUAGGUGUGUCUUAUGGUCGGGUGCAUCUUAUAGAGCGAAAAAUACAGCAUAUACCAAUUGCUUGUGUUUGAAAAUAAUUAUAGAGUGUAUAGAGGUACAUGUAUUGUAGUUCUCUCAUAACAGAGGCAUCUAUAUUCAGGUUUGCAAAGGGGGAAAAGUAGCUAAUGUGCUUCAUACUGGGCACUGGGUAUAGGACUAGAUCGGUGGAUUUCAAAUUUGAGAGCUUGAGGAAUUAUACAUCUUGCACAGAACCCGAGAGUUCCCAAUCAAUAUAUCUACCAUGGAACCUGGUGUUUCAGAAAAAUAAAUAAAUGAAACUUAUUGACCUAGGAGCCAAACAUGGAGGGUGGGACGAGUACAUUUUACUAGGGUCCAGAAGGGGUGUGCAACCACGUUUUCAGGAGGAAAAAUUGAGGCUUAAUUGAAAUUCAUUCUCAGCUCUUCCCUCACCGGUCCUGGAUGGAGCCUUUAGAAGGGUCCCGUAUGCUCAGAGACUUUGCACCUGUCCAUUGGGAAAGAUAGGAAGCCCAGAACACUUGUUCUUUAGAUGUCCCUUUUAUAAAGAGGCACAUAGUAAGAUCAUGGAUCCCCUACUGGUGAGGCUCGCCGACCUCCCGCAAAAGCAAAAAUUUGACCUUUUGCUGUUGGGCAAAGAUCAGAAGAUGACCUGGAUUGUCGCCAGAUUCUGUCUACAGAUCUGUAAGCGCAGACCAUCGCCCAACUCAAAAUAGUCCGGCAUGGAAAGCCCCAGACACGGUUCCAUGGGUGAUUCUGAGUCAACUCCCUGGGACAGUUUAUUGUUGUACAUUGUUUCUAAAUUUAGUGUUGUAUAUUGUUUUAAUUGUCUUUUUUAACCAUAUUUGCAUAGCAGUUUUUAACGUUGUGAGUGUCCUCUAUUUAAGAGGCUUCUACUCUGCAGCCUCUUAUAGUUGUUUUAUCUGCGAGUCUUUUAGUUCUUAUGCUCUUACAGUUGUUUUAACUGCCUGACUUUGUUGGUUUUUAGCUCUUAUCUGUUUUAAUUAUUAGUUUUUUAUCCAUCCAUUAUCUGUGUUUAAUCUUGUAUUUUAUUCAGAUGUUUUAAUGUCUGUUUCCUUGUCCUCAUUUGCCCUAACAAUUAUCGGUCAAAAAUCCCAACUGCUAUUUUAUCUAUAUGCUUUUCUUAAUCCUGGUCUGUGACCGUAAUAAAGUUCAUUCAUUCAUCCUUGGAUAUGUUGGUGCAAACUUAAUUCUCAAUAUCUAUAUGUAGUGGUCAGAUCUUAUGAAUGGUUGGAUAUUAAGCUGUGUUAGAAGAAGCAACAUUCUCAACCAUAAAUUACUGACUAUGCCCUGUGGAGAGAACUUAUACAGGAAUUUCUAGUGCAUUUUGAUGCCCCCCCACCCGCAUGUUUGCUUCUAGCCCUGGCGUUCUUACAUUUGAAAGGCACAUAGGAAGCUAUCUUAUACCACUCGAAUUGUCAUGAGCAGAAAUGUUCUCAUCACCUGCUGCCUGAUCUUUUUUAGACUGAAAUCCUAGGGUGCUCUACACAGCAUUUGUCAGUACAGCCAUGUACAGUGUAAUGAAUAUAAACGUUUGCUGCUCUGUGUUUGGCUCAAAAUUAAAAUCAGGCAGGCACAAAACACAAGGAGCUUGAACUUGUGACUUCCUGUUGAUGAUCAAGGACAUGAGUGUGUAGAGAAGCAGAUGAAAGCUGAAAGGGCCUUGUUCCAUUCCUUAAGAAAGCUUUAACACUUUUGACUCAAGUAACCACCCCAAACCCUGAUGUAACUUAAAUAUUAAAAACGUUUGGGCACUCUGUAAUUACUGUCCUGCCCAAUGAAGACAUUUUUCCUACCAAGCAAGAGCUUAAGUCUUUCCUGUCCUCUCUUGCUUCCAUUCAUUUAUUGUAAGAAGUGAGGUGGAGUCAACUUUUGAGAUUUGCCUGCUUACCAGUUCUUUCCAAUAGUGAAGCACAUAGGCUUUAAUAUGUCCUUUUAUAAAUGUUCUUGAAUGAACGUAUUUAGGCACUGUGUUUUAUUAUUGUUUUAUACAAGGUUUGAAUUAACUUUAUGCUGUAAGUUGUUUUGGACUUCUCUCUGUGUGAAAAGCAACAAAUAUAAUAAAGUUUAUAUGACUAUGAACUUGCAGCCUCUGUCUCACAUUCUAUUCAAACUGAAUGCCUGUUUUAUUUUCUCAGAACAUGAAUUAACCCAAGGAUGGCCUGUGGAUGCUCAGGUGUCACUUGAAGAUAUGGCCUGGAAUCUCAGUAAGAUACCAUGUGAAACUGGUUGAUAAGUAAACUGAAUAGUUAAUGUAGGAAUAAGAAGAGUCUGCUAACGGGCCAAGAAUCCAUCUAGUCCAUCCUUUCUCCACCUAUGGGUCCCCAGAUAUUGUUGAACUACAACUCCCAUCACCCCUAGCUAGCAAGGCCAGAGCUCAGGGAUGAUGGGAGUUGUAGUCCAACAACAUCUGGGGAACCACAGGUUGAGAAGCACUGAUCUAGUCUAACCUGUUUCCAAGAGCGGUCAGCCAUGUGCUGUGGAGAAGCCCAGAAGCAGGGCAUGAAGACAACAGUCCUUCACUGCUGGCUGCAUCCUUGAGAACGGGUAUUCAGAGACAGUCUUUGUCCCUGGAGGUUCAAUUGAUCAAUCAGUGGGUAUCAGCCAUAUCAACCAUGAUAUUGUCUAAGCCCCUUUUAAAGGUAUAGAUGCCAAUGGUUCUCAUACCUUAUGGCAGUAAUUCCAUAUGUAUUGUGUGAAGUAUUUCUGUCCUGAAUCUUAUGGCAAUCAGUUUCAUUCAGUAACCCUUAGUUCUAGGGUUAGGAGAGGAGGAAUGUUUCUCUCAUUCAGUUUAAAAAACCACUGCCAUACAACCUUCAGUUGUCUUUUUCUAAACCUAAAAAUCCAGAAGUUUCCCUUCAUUAUUUUGAUUGCCUGUUUCUGAUGGUGCUUUUGUGAUAAGGAAGCCUCCAUUGUACCACAUACAUCAUAAACUUACAGAAAUGCAUUACGAUACUAGGCAUUUAGUUUUCAAUGACAUUUUCUAAUGACACAUAGCCUUGCAUAUGCAUGGCUUGGUGUGAAGUUUUAGUUGCUAGGCAAUUUUUUUGGUUAGUAGUAUGAAAUUUAGAGGAGCUGCUUUUUGCUGAAUGCUGAAGGGGUUGUAAUCAUGCAAGCAGAUGCAAGAAGACAACUGAAAAUAAUGGUUAAGUCAUUAAUGCAUUGAAGCCUACAUAUACAACUGUUUUACUAUGGUUUUCUUCUCUGAAGCUCCUACAGAGAUUUGCGAGGAAACUUAAAUCUCAUCCCUCUUCUGACCUGGGUCAGCAAAGCUGUUCCACGAUAAUUUUAAAAAUACAACAGAAUGACAUACAAAUAUAGAACAUUAUAUAUAACAUACUCAGAGUAGGCCCAUUGAAAAUAAUGAGCAUGACUGAGUUAGGUCCAUUAAAUUUCAGUAGUUCUCAGCAUUGUAAGAAACUAUUUAGAUAUUGCAGCUUUUAAGAACUAGUCCAGUAAUAAGGGUUUGUCUUGCCUUUUUUUUUGGUAAAAGUAUAAUUUAACAUUCUUAUUAAAAUCCUACCACAUGGAAGAAUUUUUCAUAUUAAGCAUUUCCUACGACAAUGUAAUUCAGUUGCAAAAAUAGUUUACUAUACAUUCAUGGUAACUCUUGGGAUGUAAGCUGACAUACACACUUUGUAAGUAGCUUUGGGGUAGCAUUCAAAACUGCAAUGGAACUCAUUACUGUUUCUGUGUAUUGUUUCAACAGAUGAUCACUGUUAUUCUCUCAUAUGUCGAUGUGGUGGAAAAUACACUGUCUCCCAAAAAGAAGCUGAAGAGGUUUCACUAGUAUGCUGUGAUACUUGUUCAUUACUUAUAGAGAUUCUUCGAUGACUCCACAAAGGAUAUGGGAAACACAAAAGAUGUAUUGUGUUAGGCAACUAAUGGACAAUAUGUCAGUAAAUACCAUAGUAGAAAAAUGCACAAUAACUGUUAAGAACAUCAGUACAAACAAGUUUUCUUUCUGCAUCAGAGAUUCCUUUUUAAAAUCCAUGCAAAUUAUGCUCCAAAUGUCUUUUAAUUUGAAUUGUCCAUAUCUUAGUGUAUGAGAUUUAAACACUACAUUUCUUCUGCUUGCACGAGUGAGCACCAUUUAAUGUUAUCCUCCUAUUCUGGUAUCAUGAUUACUCCUUUCUGAGGAUAAUGCAUCCUGUACCCAAGAUGAACAGGACUUGGAAUACUGAUCUUAAACUGAAAAGUGGGCUUCUGAAAGCAUACACGCUGCCAUUUCAAAACCAAUCCAGUACAGUCGACUCACAACUUACGGAAGCAUUUCUGUUUGACAUAUGGAACAAUCCCCCAUCUCCUCCCCCUAGGUGCCGUUUUGGGGGUUCUCUCAGCCCUCCAGAGUAGACUUGGGGGUGGUGUGGGGUGCACAGAGGAAAGAGAAGGGGAAAGCCAUGCUCUGCUAGGAGUGCUUGUGCUAGCUUCUUGCUAGUGUGGUGGAUUAGUUCAAUCCAGCCCCCAGAGCACACUAAUCCCACUCUUUAAAGAGCACUUGCAAAGAAGUUCCUAAUAGGCUGGCACUUGCUUAUUCCCAGCUUUUGAAAAAUGUUACACUUGUGAAAUUGUACUGCCCUUUUUAGAAAAAUCUGAUAAACUUUCUAGUAUAUGCCAUGUUACUUAAGAACCGUCUGUUUAAAACUGUAGGAAACCCUUGGCUUCAGGACUCCUACUGGUUCCUAUAUGUGUGGUUCUGAGGGGAAACACUUGCAUGUUAUGAGAACCAUAAUGAAAGAAGGCAGAACUCCGUAAGACUGUCAGAAGGAUUUAUAAAUGGGAUAAAUGGAAAUUGUUAUAUAUCUGAAGCAACAUUAUUUCCCAGUAUCACGACCCUUACAUCUACAAGGAACGUCUUGAUGUUCUUGUUUAUUUUAUAUCAAAAUACAUUACUAGCCUUUUAAAAAUUAGUAAAGAAGUCAGCAUAGAUGACACUGCCUAAGUCACUUAGUCAUUCCAAAUUCUGUGACUGUUGGGACUUGCACGUAGGAAUCCAAAAUCAGUCGGAGGCCAGAGCUGUAAAAAUAAAAUGAAUAAAUUACUUAAGAUAUAGAGCAGCCAUCUUUUUUCUUCUUCUGCUUCUUCCUUGUCUCUUAUUUCACCCUUUUCUCAGUUCAAGUGUUAAAGAGGAAUAAACUGUGACUGCUGAAAGCAGAAUUUUACC